UUUUUCCAUCUUUUCAAGGAAAAAGAGCGGACCUUGAAAAAGUCACUCCACCCACCGGAUGGGUUCCGCUCAUUUUUGGGAAGCGUUUCAGUCCAGGAUCAGUCGGUGGACGGCGCCUGCAGAAUUUCUGUCCUGUGCUGGAUGAGAAUGUCAGGACAAAGCGAGUGAUGAGGUUGUGUUCAAUUCCUUCCCUGUCGAACUUGACCUGACCCUGAAGUAACUGAUGCAUAUCUGUGCGUGUGUUAUUGCUCCAUUGUUUUCUGUCGAAAUCUGAUCGGUCUGGGUGCCAACAGUUUGAGUGACGCAAAAUGGGCGAAUGGGUGGAAACGAUCCGAGGUGUAGAGGUGCGGUUCCCAUUCAAGCCCUACGACCUACAAGUUGACUAUAUGGGGAAGGUCAUUGAAGCGCUCCAAUUGCGUGAGCAUGCCGCGUUGGAAAGUCCUACGGGAACGGGAAAAACUCUUAGUCUCCUCUGUUCAUCACUUGCCUGGCUUGAACAAGAUCGUGCGAGAGCGAUGGCUAACGCUAGCUUAUUACCGGAACGUGUGACCGAGAAUACUGAUUCGAUACAGUCCCGAGGGGGAUUUGGAAACCGUCGCAUAUAUUAUGGAUCCCGCACGCAUACACAGUUGACCCAGGGAAUAUCAGAACUCAAGAGAACAGCAUACAAUCACGUAUCUGCUGUGGUUUUAGCUUCAAGAGAACAUUAUUGCAUUCAUGAAGAAGUCUCGAAACUUUCCGACCAUCGUUUGCAAAACAUAGCGUGUGCUGAAAAAGUGAAAAAUCACCUAUGUUAUUAUCGCUCAAACCUGGACAAGGACAUUCCCUCCAAAGAAGCUCUGAAUGGUGUGAUGGACAUUGAAGACUUGGUCACGUUUGGGAAGAAAUCCAAAGUUUGUCCGUAUUAUCUUUCGAAAGAUCUUGCGCAGAAAUCCAGCAUUGUGUUCACUCCAUACAACUACCUUUUAAAUGUGAGCAAUGUGAAAGACAGUUCAGAAUUAGCUCACAGCGUUGUGAUCAUCGAUGAGGCACACAAUACGGAGCAAGUUUGCGAGGAAUACGCAUCGCGAGAAAUAAAGCUCUCUGACGUGGCACUUUGUCUCGACGAAGUGAAUCAAGUUCUGGAAAAUUACGAGGGCUAUGAGCAAGCAGUUGCGCUCAAUCCAGUCAUGAGUGGCGAUGCUGCGUCGACGUUUACAAAAGAGGAUUUGUUGAUUCUCAAGCAGUCAUUCGCGGAAAUAGAAGAGGGCCUCAUCGGCAUUUCGGUUUCUACUGAAGGCUCAACCCUGCCAAACAACGAAGUUUUCAAGAUUCUAGAAAAAGGAAAAAUCACUGCUGAAAAGUAUAAAAUUUUUCAGAAGUUCUGCGUUGAUUUACGCGGAUUUCUUUCGAGCACUGCUGGAAUGAAUAUGUUUAAACGACAUGGGAAUGGCGUUGAAAAAUUCGCUGAUUUCAUCGAAGGUGUGUUCGCUUCGGCAGCCGAUGGAGGUGAACAGUUUUUCAGGAGUUUUAUCAAGUCGGAACAAAUGAAGGGAUUUUCCGCAAAUAUUCUGAAGAAUGCCGCAGAUAAAAUUUUGAACGUUUGGUGCUUUUCGCCGAGCUUCACGAUGAAACUGUUGUUAAAGCGUGAUAUCCACUGCGUCAUUCUCACAUCGGGAACGCUGGCCCCGCUGUCGGGUUUUGCUGCCCAAAUGCGGAUUCCGCUUCCCAUCCGGAUCGAAAACCCUCAUAUUAUAGAAGACUCGCAGGUCUUUGUCGGCAUCGUGAAAGAGGGUCCGGGAGCAGUGGGAUUCAACUCCUCUUUCAAAACCAGAGAUAAUCCCGCGUACAAAAGAGCUCUGGGCUUGCUAAUCUUGAACGUAGCAAGAAAUGCGAAUGGAGGUGUCCUGGUGUUUUUCCCGUCGUACUUCUUGAUGGACUCCUGUCGUAAAGCUUGGGAAGAAAAUGGAAUGUGGAAAGCAAUGACAGCAGUGAAGCGGGUGUACAUGGAAACUCGGAUGCGGUCGGAUUUUACGACAACAAUGAACGGUUACUACGAGGAUAUCCGUGAGAGAAAUGGAGCAAUUUUUUUGGCUGUGUGUCGCGGGAAAGUAUCCGAGGGUUUGGACUUCGCCGAUGCAAAUGGACGAGCAGUAAUUAUCACAGGAAUUCCAUAUCCUAAUUGGCAAGACUCCAAAGUCAAACUGAAACAAAAAUUCCUUGAUGACAUGCACUCGAGUUCAAGUGACGAACAUGGAUUGACAGGACGUGAAUGGUAUUCUCAGGAAGCUUCUCGUGCUGUCAACCAGGCGAUUGGGCGAGUAAUCCGUCAUGCCAACGAUUAUGGAGCUAUUAUCUUGGCGGACUGUCGAUUUGCUGACCCAAAUUUCAUAAAGAAUCUCUCUUCCUGGGUUCGACCGCGGAUCAAAGUUUGCAAUGACUUCGGAUCGGCGAUAUCGGGCAUUGUUAAGUUUUUCAAAGCGGCAGAAUCGAAUCCCCGGCUGAAGAAAACAACGGAAAGGGCAUACGCUCCUCCACCGGAACGAACGAUUCCCACAGUCAAUUCCGCGUUGAUGCCGGACAUGCCGACAAAAAUGGUGUCCAAACGUUCACUUUCGGAAAUCACUACGCGGCCCAGUCAUUUUGGAUAUUCCUCAAGGGGAAACAUGGCUGCUGUCGCCCGCGUUCUUGCAUCGGGAACUCCAGAUCGGAAGUUACUUGUUGACAAUAUUUCAGAUCAAGGACAAAAGAAGUUGAAGCUUGUUCCGAAUGCAGAACAGGCCGCGGAUGAUCUGAAACGGGAUGAGGAUGAGAAACGAUUGGUCGCAUCGACGAAUUAUUUGAGACGGCUAAGAACCGAACUUGUGAUUGAAGACUACAAAGCUAUUGCCCUUGCCAUGCGGAAUUUCAAAGAAAAUAAACGUUUGGAUGAUCUUGUGGACGCUUUCGACUCCAUUCUUCUUGUGAAGUAUAACCUUCCAUCGUUGUUCAUGGACCUCAAAAUAUUCCUCGGCGAGAAGGAGCAGAUAAGCUUUGAACAAUUCGCGCGGGAACGCGUUGGACCCUCUGUUGUGAAAUCGGGAAUGGGGCUGAGAAGUGGUACCUUUUUUUCUUUGUCGAAAAUGAGUUACCAGAGUCCGCAUACUGCGCGCGGCCUUUCCGUCGGUGAAUAUUCAGAAGAUGGAGUCAACAGAUCGCUAUCACGUUCAGCCAGCGAUGCUGGAGGAAAUUUAGACAAGUCUAAUGGUCCCGAGGACGGGAGUUCCGUAGACGUUCCUGAUGCGAAUAAAGGAGAUCUUGAGAAAACUCGCCAGAUCAUCCGUAACCUGGAGGACAAGUUCGAAAAAAUCAUGGCGAAAUUGGCUCAGGAACAGAAAGAUAAAGAAGAAAAUGUCCAAGAUUAUUUGCAAGCGCUCGUGUCUGUCACCGACAAGCACCAGCAAGAAGGCUUGAAAGCCAUGUUUGAGAAGCGGAACAAUAAAACUUCGCAAACUAUUUGGCAUUUGCAACGCAAACUCGAUUCGUAUCAGAAACGAAUUCAGGAAUUGAGAAAUAAUGGUGCUCCUGCGAAAGCCCCCGGUCCUAGACAACCAAAAGAAGUUCUGCGUGAUGUUUCCUCUGGCCUGAGAACCGUCAUGUCGAAACCAAGAGAAUUUGCACACUUGAUCCGCAACAAGUUUGGAAGUGCGGACAAUAUCACUUCUAUGCAGCAAAGUAGAACGAUGAAAGCCCGAGCUCGGAGGGGAAAGAAAGACACGGAAGUUCCACGUUGCCUGCACGAUUACAUCCUCCACGUGAGGGUGGUGGACAGAAUGCAGCCGGUGACCGAGAAGACUGGAGGGGUAAAACAGUUUUCCGAAUUUUUUGGGAAAUUACGAACAUGUCAGGUGCACGAGGACGUGGAACAUAAGUGA